GGUUUUGACAGAUGGACCAAACAACGCUGCCUAUGUUUUCGGUCAGAUCACAACACGCCGGCUGGCCAAGAAUUUGUGUGUUUGUUGAUAGAAUUACUUCAUUUUUCCAUCAUGAACGGGCAGGAGACUCCGGAAACCAAGAAUAUGCUAAAGUGCCGCGAGCAGCUGUAUCGAAUGAUGAUAAGCCAACUCUUCUACGACGGGCAUCAUGCUGUUGCAGUAGAACUGACCAAUGUGGUGCGGGCUGAUCCGCCCUGCCCGCCGAGCGAUCGUUUAAUGAACAUGUUCAAAGAGGCCAUUCACCUUGAACAGUCCAAAGAAAGCAAUCUAUUCGACGACUUACCCUGCGGGCUGGAUCUGGAGUUCGAAACGGAAGGAUCAACGUUGGCACCGGAACCGGCUUCCUACGAGACGGCCUAUGUAACGUCCCACAAGCAAGCGUGCCGAGCGGGUUGUUUCAGCGGGGACGGUCAGCUCGUUGCCACCGGAAGUAUGGACGCGAGCAUUAAAAUACUGGACGUGGAUCGGAUGCUUGCCAAAUCGGCACCGGAAGACAUGGAACCGGGACGUGAACAGCAUGCUCACCCGGUCAUUCGAACGUUGUACGAUCACACGGACGAAGUAUCGUACCUGGAGUUUCAUCCCAAGGAACAAAUACUGGCAUCCGGAUCGCGCGACAACACCGUGAAACUGUUCGACAUCUCGAAGGCAUCGGUCAAGAAGGCUCACAAGGUGUUGAGCGAUUGUGUGCCGGUCCGGUGCAUCGCCUUUCAUCCGACAGGCGACUACAUGGCCGUCGGUACGGAGCACAACGUGCUGCGAAUGUACGAUAUACAGACGGCGCAAUGCUUUGUCGGUGCGAUUCCGUCGCAACAGCACAACAGCGCAAUCACGUGCGUCCGAUUCGCGUCCAAUGCGAAGGUGUACGCAACGGGCAGCUUGGACGGUUCGAUCAAGCUGUGGGACGGUGUUAGCAGCCGCUGCAUCAACACAUUUGCCCAGGCACACGAUGGUGCCGAAAUUUGCUCAGUAGUGUUUACGAAAAAUGGUAAAUACUUGCUCUCGUCCGGACAAGACUCGCUGGUAAAGCUCUGGGAGCUGAGCACGAGCCGCUGUUUGAUUGCGUACACCGGAGCUGGAACAACGGGCAAGCAGGAACAUCAGACGCAAGCCAUCUUUAACCACACCGAAGAUUAUGUUCUGUUUCCGGACGAGGCAACCACAUCGCUGUGCGCAUGGAAUUCUCGAAACGCGUCCCGCUGUCAUCUGAUGUCCCUGGGGCACAAUGGCGCGGUGCGACACAUCGUCCAUUCGCCGACUCAAUCCGCUUUUCUCACCUGUUCGGAUGACUAUCGUGCACGUUUCUGGGUGAGGCGUACAACAUCCCACUAAAAAAAACUGAACUAAUGUAAUCAGCGCAUUCUUCUAGAAGCUGGCUUUAUGUAAUGAAUUGAUUUGACGAGUAAUUCCUCUGAAUAAUAGUAUGAAUAAUUUAAUAAUAAAUGUACGGAAGCCCAAAAAGCGGAAUCCGUUAUCCACA